GGGGCUGAGAGCACUUGUGCCAAGGGAGCCGAGGGAGAGCUGCUGUCCAAAGGAAACAAGGCGAGGGGCCACCACCGCUGCUCCUUCCCUUUUGGGUCCUUUGGGUGGAAGAGGCCCACCCAAGGAAGCCGGACCCUCCCAUGGCUCUCUAGACCGGCUGAUGCUCCAGACUCUCCCUUUCGCCCCUGAGGCGGUCAGCAGCUGAAUGUCCAUCUGGCUCCGGACCAGCGGCAUCAUGGGCCCUGUUGAGCAGCAGCGGCUGGGGGGUCGGAUGCUGGGUUGGAUUGAGAAGGUGGUGCCCCACCCCCCAGAAGCCUCUCCCGUCCAGGUCGUGGUAGAGAAGGAGCCGGAAAAGCCCUCCGCAGACACCAGGAGUUGGCUGGCCAGGCAGCUACCAGAACCGCAGCCGGGCAGACUAGCAGAAGUUCCAGGGAAGAAGCAAGAAGAUUCCAAUGAGUCCCAGGAUUCUGGAUCCACACCGAAAAGCCCUGGCCGGGCAGUGGUGGCCUGGAUCUCUCAGGGCCUGGGGAGGGUCAUCCCGCAGCCGGCCGUACAGGACGCACACCCCUCCCUCCAGGCCGUGGCCAAGAGCUUUGAGGCCAGCAUGGACAUCCAGGACGUGACCGAAGUCCAGGAUCUGAACGACGGAGACGAGUUCGGAUUCGAGGUGACCGACCUGGACAACGAGGACAACGAAGGAAACAACCUGCUGUCUGACUCCGAUCAACAUCCAUUGGGACAAAUUGGAGGGAAGAAGGUGCUGACUUGGCUGGCGCAAGGCUUUGAGAAAAUCAUGCCGCAUCCAGGCUACACGGGAUAUGUGGAGGAAGGGGAUUCGGACUCAGAGGCCGAGAUGGCGGAGGAGCCCGGGGCCCCAUUGCCAGGGAAGGACCCCUGCCCGUCCGCCUCUCCUUGCUCCGCGGGAGCCAAACACCGGACUUCCACGGCGAGCCAAUCCAGCCUCAGCGUCUCCCUCUUUCCCAGGAGCCUCGGGGGCGAUGGGGUCAGUGUGUUCGAAUGGCUCUCUCAGGAACUGGAGAAAGUCAUGCCGCACCCAGUCUCCAAAACGGACGAAAAUGGACAGAUCUCGGGAGCUGCAGAGCUGGGUCAAGCAAGGAGCAAAGGGGCUUGAGUGCCUCUGAAACAAAGGGGCCCGGAAGAUUUGGGGAGCCGUCUUUGGGUCUCAGGCCGGCCAGGAAAAACACUUGUACAUUUUUAUUCCCUUUUAUGAUUUCCCCCUGUUUUUGGUUCCUAAUUCCAAUAAAUAAAAGAGUCUGACCAUAA